UAUAGAGUAACACAGGUAGUGGGGUAUCAACAAACCCAUGCACCUCAGUAACUCCUAAGUGUUUGUGGUGAUUUAGAGAAUAUUUAAGAUUAGUUUUGACCAUCAUGGGGCGGAGGAAAUCACGACAGAAAGUGCACAAACAAGGUGAAUUGUUUGCAGUGCAUGAUGAAAUGAUGGCGCUGGACAUUGGUAGUGGUGAGAGACCAAAAAGUGCUAAACAAAGUUCAAAAUUGAGGAAAAAAAUUAAAAAGCAGUUGAAAAGGGAAAUGAAGCAGAUGGAGCAAAUGGGAAAGCAUGGUGAAAAAGGCAAAGCAAAAAUUUCUGGGUGGCAUAGAAUUCAGGUGCAAGGUGGAGCCACAGUAGAAAAAGAUUUCCUUUUCUCAAGCAUUGGAAAUUUUGUGGAUGUGGAAUUUCAACCACUUGGUUUUUAUAUGAUCGAUUCCACGAGUUGUUUUUAUUUAGAGGCAAAUGAGCCAGCUGCAGCUGCUAUUGCAGGACUUAAUAAAAGAAUCCAAGGAUCUGAUGGAAGUCGCUUGAAAAUUUCAGCAUUAAAAAGUAUUGUCCCAGAUUUGGUGCUUAACUCAGAUCAGCUACAGGUGCUACGGGAGGUUAUGUCACGCCGCUUCAAUCCAACAGCCUGUUUAUUGGACCUAACUGAUCUACAUCAUGACCCAGUAUUGCUGGAGAAGGAUAUACUUGUACCUGUUUGUUCUCCAGUUGUCAUGAAACAAGUAUUACGAUUGAUCAAGGAAAAUGUUCCCCAGUUAAAGGCUCUUAACCUCAGUAAGAAUCAUUUACGUGUAGGUAACUUGAAAUUGCUUCAAGAUAUACAUUCUGACACCACGCAGCUGUCUGCCUUGAAUUUAGAACGCAAUAAUAUUGCUGAUUUACACGGGAUAUUGAAAUUUAUAAAAAUGUUCCCUUUAACAGAACUGAAUUUGCAGUUCAAUCCACUCAUAAAUCAAUACAAGGAGAAUCCAUUGAAAUAUGUACUGGCAGUGAAAAAACAACUUGAAUCCCUGAAAAUGUUGGAUACUGUAGAUGUCGAUACAUAUAUUGCAGAAAAUAAAAUGUCAAAAAAUAAUAAGAAUUCAGAAAGUUCUCCAAGACUCGAUGUAUGUGAAAGCACCUCAAGCAGCAGUUCCAAUAUAAUGUCAGAAGUUAUGAUACGAAAUUUUUUGGAACAGUACUAUGCUCUCAUUGAUACCCAGCAACGUGACAACCUAGUUGCAGCAUAUACACCAGAUGCUGUUUUGCAAGUUAAGUCAAGCUUAAGUGAAAUUACCAGCAAUAUUUUUGUAGGUCACAGUAAAAUAACUGAGGCCCUAAGUGCUCUUCCUGCUACCCAGCAUCAGCAUAACUCAUUUUCCUUAAAUAUUCAGUUCCCAAGUGUAAAUACAGCCUUGGCAGUUGUAACAGGUCAUUGUCAGGUUUCUGGUGUUGAUACAGCAGUCACAUUCUCUAGGUCAAUGAAUAUUGUACCUUUUAAUGCAGGUCUUUGUUGUUCCCAGGAUGUUUUAGAACUAAGAUGAACUGAGGUUUAAUGAACACUACAAAAGUUGGAUUUCAAUAUAGACAACUUAUACACAAAGUGAAAUGUUUUAUUUCUUAUACGUAUACUGUAUAACCAAAUACCAUAUGGUACUUUCUUGUAAAUAUAUUUUGACUUUUUUGGUAAUUUAAAAUUGUAAGUGAGGAUUUAAACAAAAUGGCUGCCAAUCUGUGAGAAAUAUUGAGUACAGUACUAUACUACUUUUAUGACUCAAACUAGUCGAAUUUGUGGUGUACUAAUAUUGUGGAAGGUCACCUCAUCUGCAUAUUCUUGUGCUUUGAAUUUCUGGGAGUGGACUUGUAUUGUUGGCUGCGAGUCAUAUUUUAAGAUAAAUUACUUUUUGUGUAGUAUUAUAUCUUAGUAUGAUUCACAUUAUGAUUUGCCCCUAUAGUGUAGAGGAAGACCUAACGUGAUAUUAGUUUGCACAAGCAAUAGUGGAACAUAUGAUUUUACAUGCAUAUACUGUAUAGUACAGUAUAGUUUAUGGUUCAUUUUUGCAAAGAUUCCAGAAUCAACCCCCUGUGUGACCAUGUAGGUCACACACUUCUUUGGUAAGUUUCUUUAAUAUUGUAGUAAUAUUUUGGGGGGUGAGAAUUGCCUACCAAUAUUUUGAUCACUGGUACAUCUGCUGAUUUAGUGACUUAUCAUCUAAAAGUUUCUCAGAAUGACACUUGUAAAGUAUGGACGAGCCCCGUGUACUCCAACUAUAUUGUGAAAUGCCAUGAAAAUGUUUAAUGCAUUCCAGUGUUGAGCAGUUUGGGCUGUUAGCUCAACUCAGGGUAGUGCUUUUAUGGAGAAUAUGCUGUAUGUUCUCAUCUCAUUUAUAUUGUAAGUACACUUUCAUAGGCUUGAUAGGCAUUUAGUUAUUCACCAUAUACUCUUAAGUUGUUUGUACAAAGAAAUGUGUCAAAUAAAUUUGUUUGUGUGAA